CGAACUCCCGACCUCCAGUGAUCCACCUGCUUUGGUCUCUCAGUGCUGGGAUUACAGGUGGGAGCCACCGCAACCAGCCAGGGAGCCUGUUUUAAAAGAGAGAUCAGGGUAUGAACCUUCAACAACUCGGGCGCGUGGCAAAGGCUCUGCUGUCCGCUUUAGCUGCGUGUGUGCAUAGCACAGGUCAGUGGUGUGUGUAGAUACCCUCCUGGUACGUGGCACGGGUUGGUGUCAUGCAUAGAGACCCUCACAGUGUGUGGUAUGGGUUCGUGGUGUGUGUAGAGACCCUCCUGGUGCAUGGCACGGGUCGGUGGUGUGUGUAGAGACCCUCCUGGUGUGUGGCACAGGUUGGUGGUGUCGUGCGUAGAGACCCUGACAGUGUGUGUGGCAUGGGUUGGUGAUGUGUGUAGAGACCCUCACAGUGCGUGGCAUGGGUUGGUGUCGUGCGUAGAGACCCUGACAGUGCGUGUGGCACGGGUUGGUGGUGUGUGUAGAGACCCUGACGGUGCGUGUGGCACGGGUUGGGAGUGUCACGUGUGGAGACCCUCAGGCACCUGCUGCCCUGUUUCUGAUGUGAUGGGUGUCUGCCAGGGGUGUGGGACUCCAGUCCCCGUUUGGCACGAGCAUCACACAUACACUGUCUUGUGCACACUUGACAGUAACAUGUUCUCCGUCUUGCCAGUGAGGAAGCUGAGGUGUGGAGGUGGGGUUGUUCACCCUGGGUCCAGCUGGGGAGUGGUGGGGCUGCGAUGGGAGCCGGUGGUGGUUGUAGCCCGUGUGGGUCCUGGAGUCCUUCCUGCAGCUGUGUGAGGCCUUGGCCGGCCCCUGCAGUGGGGAGCAGCCAGGCUACCCCUAGGCCAGUUCUUGGUGUCCUGGGGUAGGCGCCGUGUGCCUUGUCUGCCGGGCGCUGUACCUGCCACGCCCGGGUCUGCAGGCCACCUCCCUGCAGGGCCCUCGGUGCAGCCUGGCACCCCAUAAACUCGGUCCUUCUGUCUUGUCCCUUCUAACAGGGACCCAGACAUGGAGCUGCGGGAAGAAGCCUGGUCUCCGGGGCCGCUGGAUUCUGAAGACCAGCAGAUGGCGAGUCACGAGAACCCAGUGGACAUCCUUAUCAUGGAUGACGACGACGUCCCCAGCUGGCCUCCCACCAAGCUGUCCCCGCCCCAGUCUGCGCCCCCAGCCGGCCCCCCUCCCCGGCCGCGGCCGCCCGCCCCCUACAUCUGCAACGAGUGUGGCAAGAGCUUUAGCCACUGGUCCAAGCUGACGCGGCACCAGCGCACGCACACCGGCGAGCGGCCCAACGCCUGCGCCGACUGCGGCAAGACCUUCUCGCAGAGCUCACACCUGGUGCAACACCGGCGCAUCCACACGGGCGAGAAGCCCUACGCCUGCCUGGAGUGCGGCAAGCGCUUCAGCUGGAGCUCCAACCUCAUGCAGCACCAGCGCAUCCACACGGGCGAGAAGCCCUACACCUGCCCCGACUGCGGCCGCAGCUUCACGCAGAGCAAGAGCCUGGCCAAGCACCGGCGCUCGCACAGCGGCCUCAAGCCCUUCGUGUGCCCGCGCUGCGGCCGCGGCUUCAGCCAGCCUAAGAGCCUCGCGCGUCACCUGCGGCUGCACCCGGAGCUGUCGGGGCCCGGCGUGGCGGCCAAGGUGCUGGCGGCCAGCGUCCGGCGGGCCAAGGGGCCCGAAGAAGCGGUGGCGGCGGACGGCGAGAUCGCCAUCCCGGUGGGCGACGGCGAGGGCAUCAUCGUGGUGGGCGCGCCGGGCGAGGGGGCGGCGGCCGCGGCAGCCAUGGCGGGAGCAGGGGCCAAGGCCGCGGGGCCCCGGUCGCGGCGCGCCCCGGCCCCUAAGCCGUACGUGUGUCUGGAGUGCGGGAAGGGCUUCGGGCACGGGGCCGGGCUCCUGGCGCACCAGCGGGCCCAGCACGGGGACGGGCUCGGGGCGGCGGGGGGCGAGGAGCCGGCCCACAUCUGCGUGGAGUGCGGGGAGGGCUUCGUGCAGGGCGCCGCGCUCCGGAGACACAAGAAGAUCCAUGCCGUGGGCGCGCCCUCGGUCUGCAGCAGCUGCGGACAGAGCUACUACCGGGCCGGGGGGGAGGAGGACGACGACGACGACGAGGCCGCGGGCGGGCGGUGCCCCGAGUGCCGCGCUGGGGAGGGCCGGUAGGGGAGGGGCCCGGGGGGGGGGCGGGGCCCCCCGGGCUUGGCGGGAACGACCAUGUGCAAGAGACCCAGGGAGAAGCGGAUGGGGUGCGAUGGACCCCGCGGCAUCCCGACCUCCACGCCCUCCUCUGUCCCCGUGCCGUCCACGUGGGGCACUGGGGGGCAUUAGGGCCAGUUCACUUCUCCGCCUCGACUCUGCCCCCCUCAGCCUGGCCCGCCCUUCCUAGGUUCUCGGCCUGCGAGCCGGAGACAGACAAUGGAGAGAACUGUAGAGGCCGAGCGGCUACCAGGCCUCAAGUGGAAGGCCAUUUUCCCUCCUCUUCCUCAGUUGUCCUGGGUGGGGGAAUGGAGAAACCAGGCCCUUUGCGUUUAGAGGGUCCCAGAGAGGGAAGGGAAAUAGGGGCCCUUUUCUCUUUUAGAAUUUUCUUUUAUUCAGCCCACCUUUUGACUCUCCCCGCCCACCCCAAUCCAUUUUUUUUUUUUCCGCCUUCUUCCGCCUUCCGGGUCCCGUCCUUUCUUAGAGCUCGAGUCGUUCCUUCCCCUCCUGGAUUCCGGGUAGCAGAGCCGGCCCCUGUGCCCAGCAGAGCCCCACAGGACGCGGGUGCCCGUUUGUCCCAGGCCUGGGCGUGGUGGAGGAAGGGGUGCUAGAACAAUAAAUGGCACUAUCCAAAUGUC